UACCUAUAGUUAGAACAGGAUAUACAACAGCAUCUCAGACGUUACCGUGAUUCAAUUUCCACCAUUGAUUUCAGCUUCAAAAGUUUGAAAAAGGUGACUAAACCUAAGGCUGAGGCCAACAUAGCCAAUGCCCUGAAACAUAAAAUGGCUGAGAGGCAUCGAAGAAAGCGGAUCAGCCAACAGUUUGACAUGCUCCGAACCAUCCUACCGAACUUGAUCAAAAUGGACAAGGCAUCUGUGUUGGGUGAGACAGUGAGGCAGCUAAGGGAGCUGAAAAACAGAGUAAAAGAAAUGAAAGGAGCUUCUAACGGAAGCUUGGAAUGUGUGCUCCCUGGUGACUUGAACAGCUUAAGUUUUGGUUUUUCUGAAAAGGAUGGGAAUUUGGUAAAGGCUACAUUCAGCUGCGAUGACAGGCCAGAACUGAUAGCUGAUCUCACACGAGAAAUUAGGAAGGUGAAUGGGACGGUUGUGAGGGCUGAGAUGGUGUUUAUAGGAGGAAGGAAUAAAAGUGUGUUGUGGAUUAAAGGGUUUAGUGGAAAUGAACGGAUGGGGAUGCUCAAGAGAGCAUUGAAAAUGGCCAUAGAUAUACCUAAGAAGAAUUGGAAGCCUCGUUUCAACAUCUGAUUGUUCUGUUGUGUGUGAAACGGUAGUAAUUUCUAGCAGCUAUAAGGCUAUCGAAAAGGUUGGUUUUAUGAGUAUAUUUAAAGAACAAAUAAUGGUGAAUAGUGUGCUUUGUGUUUUCAAUUUCAUAGAUGUAGUUCUAUGACCUAGAACAACAGUUCGAAACACGACUGCCUCAAUUCUCAAAUUUAAUUUAUUUAUUUUUGUAA